ACCUAAGGGCGUUAGCGUUAGACACAUCGUGUACAUAUGUUGGCAACCUACCCCCCCUUCCUUUCUCGUCAAGAUGGAAGCCGUCGAAGACGUGCUAAGCGAUGCUUUCCCCGAUAUUGACGAAGAUCUAUUCGACUACCUCGAAGGCGUCUUGGACGGUGGUAAGGAAGACUUCUCAACCUGCGAAGAGGUUUACGAUGCCGUCGGGGAGAUGCUGCUGCAGAUUGCCGGCGACACCAAAGAUGAAGAUGAGAUCCGGGAGAUCUGCGCUCGGCUGCUCCACGUCAUGAAAGGGGAAUCUGACAUUCAGAAUGGUGACAGCCACGGUGCCCCUGCAAAGGUCCUAAAUGCACCGGUGCAGCUAAAGGCCUUGGCUGCCGAGUUUGAGAACACCACCGACGAAGUUCAGAGCAUCUGGAUGAAGCAGAGGGACAGUGCAUUGCAAGUGGACCAGAAGAAGCUGGAAAAAGCAGAGGCCAAGUUGAAGCAGAAGCAAGAGAAACGGGAAGUCAGUGGGGAGAAGGUGACCCCAGUUCAGCCAGUGUUGAAGGCUGCCACAGCCAGCCAAGCAGUCAGCAAGAGAGAAGCCCGUAUGGAAAGCAAGGGCAGCAACCGAACACAGGACAUUCGUGUGGAAAAUUUCGACAUUGCCUUCGGUGACAAAACACUCCUUCAGGGGGCCAACUUGACACUGGCCUGUGGAAGGCGUUAUGGUCUUGUGGGCCGCAAUGGUAUUGGAAAGACCACACUUCUAAGGAUGCUUUCCAGUGGUCAGCUCAGGAUUCCAUCGCACAUCUCUGUGCUGCACGUUGAACAGGAGGUGGUGGGAGACGACACCAUAGCACUGGACAGUGUCCUCUCCUGUGACGAGAAGAGGCAGCGGUUGCUCAACGAAGAGAAGGAGCUCACAGCCAAAGUGGCCGAAAAAGAUGACCCUGCGCUGAAUGAACGGUUGAGCCAAGUCUACCAAGAACUGCAGCACAUAGAUGCCGACAAGGCACCGGCAAGGGCUUCAGUUAUCCUGGCCGGUCUAGGCUUUUCCCCUACAAUGCAGCAAAAGAAAACCCGAGAGUUUUCCGGAGGAUGGAGAAUGCGAAUAGCGUUGGCAAGAGCACUGUUCACUAGGCCCGACUUAUUGUUGCUUGACGAACCUACAAACAUGUUGGACAUGAAAGCAAUUAUUUGGCUAGAAAACUACCUACAGGACUGGCCUACGACACUUCUGGUGGUCUCCCACGACCGGCUCUUCCUGGACACUGUGCCCACCGACAUCCUGCACUUCCACUCGCAACAGAUCACAGGCUAUAGGGGCAACUACGAGAACUUCGUCAAGGUCAUGACCGAGCGGCUCAAGAACCAGCAGCGCGAGUACGAGGCACAGCAACAGUACAAGGCACACGUCCAGGUCUUCAUUGACAGGUUCCGGUUCAACGCAAAGCGUGCCUCCCUAGUGCAGAGCAAAUUGAAAAUGCUGGAAAAAUUACCCGAGUUGAAGCCCGUAGAAAAGGAGGUCGCGGUGACGCUACGGUUUCCCGACCCGGAGCCCCUGUUUCCUCCCAUCCUACAACUCGACGAGGUGUCCUUUGCCUACAACCCCGGCCAGAACGUGCUGGAACGCGUCAACCUCUCGGCCAACAUGCAAUCCAGAAUCUGCAUCGUGGGUGACAACGGCUCCGGCAAAACAACAUUGCUGAAGAUCCUCAAUGGCGAGCUGAACCCGACAGCAGGAGUGCGGCACGUGCACCGUAACCUGGUGAUAGGCUACUUCACUCAGCACCAUGUCGACCAACUAGAACUGGGCAUCUCCUCGCUAGAGUUCAUGGCCAAGCAGUUUCCCGGGAAGCAGUCUGAGUACUACAGGCAACAGUUGGGCUCCUUCGGUGUCACGGGUGACCUGGCGUUACAGACCAUUGGCAGUCUCUCUGGAGGCCAGAAGAGCAGAGUCGCGUUCGCCCUCAUGUCUAUGCUACGGCCUCAUUUCCUAAUUCUUGAUGAGCCUACGAAUCACUUGGACAUAGAGACCAUAGAAGCCCUGGGACAUGCCCUGAACAGGUUUCAGGGCGGUGUGGUGUUGGUGUCCCACGACGAGCGACUCAUCCAAAUGGUGUGCCAGGAACUGUGGGUGUGCAGCAACCGCACAGUGCGAAGCAUCGAAGGCGGCUUCGCGCAGUACCGCAAGUUGAUCGAAGAAGAGUUGGCAGCGCAGGGACAGUGAUAGGCAGAGUGAUGGACUUCGACAAGACAAAACGAGAGGAAGAAGAUGAAGAAGCGAAGAGGAAUCCUCAAAUGGGGAAAGUGCAAGGACGUGAGAGAUACGAGCAGGCUUAGCACGGACCGACACUUUGCCGCUUCCAGACUUUUUUUUGUAUGUGUGUGCAUCGCUGGUCUAUAGGCAGCCAAUUAUUUAUCUUAAAGAAAAAGGAAAAAAAAGUCUGCAAUGACUUGUGGAAGAGAAGCAAAAUAUUUUUUUUUUCUUGCUAAGUAGCAUUUUUUUGGUGAAUUUCCUAGGUGUAGUAAGUGUAUUUCCAUGUCGACGCAUGUUUCGCGCACGCGCUUGGAUUACAAACUCUGUGUUACGAUUCAGCUGUAUGAGUCGAAUCCUAUUACAUGCCGGCAUCCGGCAAAACUACAUAGCCUAAACGGGCCCAGUGUUUGCAGCUGUCCUAGGUCGCCAACGCAACGGGAAGUGUGUUGCGCUCGACUGUGUUUAUGCUGCCGCUGCGACAUUUUCAAGUGUACUGUGCAUUUGUGAAGCCUUGGUUAUUAGUAUACUUGUCAAAGCUUUAGCUAAAGAAAUUUUUUUGUUGUUGCUAGCUAUUUAAAUUUAAAAUAUUGAUGUUUUUAACAUGAUUUAUUACAGUGCCUUAAGCUCUUUUAUGUGCAUUUCAAGAAAAAAAAAAGAAUAUCAACACACAAUUGCUUUGAACUUCCGCUGUCACUAAUUUUGUCCUGAGCAAGUUUGCGCUUGCUUGUACUGAGCAAAUAUUGUUGACCACUAUGUUUUAGCCCCAUGAAUUUGAUGCUGUCACAAACAGUCGGAUUGGUACGAACAUACCGCAGGUUUAAUUGACAAAAUCCUUGUUUGUGCAACGGUAAAUAUACAUCAUUUUAUUGUCCCCUCCCUUGAGAGGGAAAUAUCUUGAAAACUAUGUCCUGUACAUGAUUAAACAAUACUUCCAUUUUCCUCUGAA